AUGGCUGGGGAUUCGCUGAACCUUUCUGGGAUGUCUCCGCAGCUGCUAAUGGCUCUCACCUGCCUGCUUUUGACUUGUUGCUCACUGGGGGAGCAGGUACCCUUGAGUGAAAACGUGUCCCACUGGGAGCUCUACCAGCCUCCCUGAAGAACGCUUGAUGGUGGUAGUCACCAGAACCCUGGCAUCCUGAUAGCAAACCCCGGUUUCCAAGAGCCACAGGGCCGUUCGGUUUGGCUCGACCCACUGAGGAACCUGGUAGUGCAGCGAGGGGAUGAGUGCCAGAUUACCGUGCUGGACAUCCCGCGGUUCCAAGGCGCACUCUCCCCAGGCCAAUUUCCCUAUGAUUUCCGGGCCCACCAGGUCAAGUACACUCAUUCAGGCUCGCCCAGCGCCGCAAGAAUCCGGAUACAGCUGCAGCUGCGCUACCACGCAGGGAAUUCCACGCUGAUGCUGCCCUUCGCUCUGCUUCAGGUGGUGACGCACAACAGGCCAUUGAAAGUGUUUAAACUGCUGGCUGCAGCCACCGACAGGAGAGUGCUAAACUUUGCCUCCAGGAGCAGGUGCAGGCUCACCUUGCUUCCUCACGCUGGCGGACCACUCCCCAAGUAUGGACGCUUGGUAAACUCCGCUGGGACCCCUCUCUCCAGGAGCCAUCUGGCCGACUGUGGGACUCUCAUCCAGGCUGGGGUGCGCUACCAGCAUACUGCCACACCAUCCUCACCCAGCAGGGACUAUAUGCCCAUGCUAGUGGAACUGCUAGGACCAGAGUCUCAAAGUACCAGGUCAGUGGAGGUGCUGGCCCAGGAGUACUUCCAGCUUCAAGUCAGAAUCCAGAAGGGAGCCAGAAGCACAGCACCGAGACCCAGCUCUAAUGAUGGUGACGUCGUCGAACAGUCCUUACUGACAGCCCUGACGCCUGAAGCGCUGGCUGCAGAAGAGUCAGACCCUGAUGACCUAGUCUUCAACAUUCUCAAUGUCCCUGAGGCCCCACCUGGACACCAUGGUCGACGGGGUUAAGGUCUUCCAGUCUCUUUCUUUAUCCAGAAAGAGCUUCGAGAACUGAAAAUUGCCUAUAGACCCCCAACGGGGAGCAUCUUUCAGCUCGAGCUGCAGGUGGUGGAUGAAGGCGGUGACACCUCUGAGCCCAUGGUGGUGGUGAAGUCUAUGAAUACUCUGGCUCCAGUAUCUAGCUACAGACGAGGGCUGGCGGCGUUUGAAGGCCAGGCAAGGCCCUUGUCCGAUGCCCAAAACUUUCAGGUCAGUCAUAAAGAUAUCCAAACCUCUGCAGUCAGAGGUUUGCAACAUGGGCAGCUGGUGGUGCGUGGGGCACCUGCUUGGUGCAAGUAUUUCACACCAGCAGACCUAGGUGCAGGGCGAGUGGUGUAUCAUCACGAUGGCAGUGACUCUUACAGUGACAACAUCAUCCUCAAGAUGGAGGAUGGGCACCACCAGGUGGACUUCCUCUUCCCUAUCACUAUGGUGCCUGUGGGUGAUGAGGCGCCAGUGCUCACCACCAACAUGGGGCUCUCCAUGACUGAAGGGCAGGUGGUCCAGAUAUCCCCCUUUGUCUUAUGUGCCACAGAUAUUGAGUCCGAGAACUCAGGUAUCCUCUUUCUGUUGGAAGACCAACACCAGGAAGGAAAAGAGGAAGAGAGGAAGAGAGAAGCGGAUCCGGCCCCUGGUUCCUACGGCUCAAGCCAGCACCCAGGCAACAUGCUGCUGAGGCAGGCUGAACCCCCUUUAUCCUUUCUGCACGGUGACUGGCACUAUGUGAAAAAGGGGGGAUUUUAUGAAACGGUGGUGACUGAGUGGCUGCAGAGAGACAUAACAGAAGGGAGACUUUUCUUCUCCCACCCUGGAACACAAAGCCCAUCUACACUGGCCCAUCUGGCUUUCCGAGUGCUGGAUGAUCAUGACCCUCCAAACCUCUCCAACCAGCACCUCUUUUCCAUCAGCAUCCAGCCUGCAGAUAAGCUGAGUCCUCAGCCUUCUCCAGAAACUACCCUAGAAAUGUCAGUGAGAGGAUACCAGCUCACUCCCUUCCAAGAGUUCCUCCAGUACACUGACCAGAACUCAGAUGAACAGAACCUGUGGUAUACUCUACUGACACGACCGAUGGAUACUGCCAGCAACCACCAAGUCCAGGCUGGAGAAAUCGUGCUCACUGAUUCGCCAAAUAGACCCAUCCUUCAUUUUACCCAAGCCCAGGUCAAUCAUCAAAAAAUUGCUUAUUUACCCCCACAGAAGAAUCUGGGCAUCGUACCUUGAGUUGUACAAUUCACCUACAAGGUGGAAGACACUGCAGGCAGCAGUGUGCCUGGUACAUUCACACUAUUGCUACAGCCUUUGAACAACCAACCACCAAAAGACAUCAAUAGAGGCUUUGCUGUCUUAGAGGGAGAAAGCUUUAUUCUUGGCAGAGGUGAACUUAAUGUUUCAGACCCUGACACCAAUGUUGGUCAAUUUUUCUUCACUUUAGUUUGGGGUCCCCAGCAUGGACACCGUCAGUAUAUAUUUCCAGGAGAAUCAUUUAUGCUAGCUGAUGUUAUCAAUGGGAACAUCUCUUAUCAACCCAGCAGAGACCAGACUACCAGUGACAUCAUCUACCUAGAGGUAAGUGGAGGAGUACACCAUAUACCCAUCACUGUCCAGGUUUCUGUGCAGCCCACUGUGGCUGACAGAAGUACUGGAAUCUCUAUUACUCCGGUAUUGGCUAUUUCUCUAGAUGUGCUUGAAAAUGCAGCUUCUGAGAUCACUAUGGGCAUUACUUGUGGCAGAAAGGAUUUGAUGCUAUCUUUCAUUGUGGAAGAGAAGCCUAGACUGGUCAUGAUUCUGGUGAAUGGUUUGCCUGCAGAACGAGUCACCCAGGAGGACCUCCUUGAUGGGGCAGUAAGCUAUGUUCACACAGGAGGUGAAAUUGGCUUCCAAAGGGUUCAUGAUGCUUUCAGCUUCAUCCUCUCCAAAGAUGCUUAUCGCUGGGCCAUGGGGGACAACAUACUGGAGAGAUUCCUAGUGGAAGUGACAGUGAUGCCCAUGGACAACGUGGCCCCCAAGGUCUUGGUAGGAGAGCCCUUCAUCAUAUAUGAAGGUGGGAAGAACCCCUUGACCCCACAACAUGUCAGCAUUGAAGAUGUAGAUGAAAUCCUUUGCACUCUGACUGCACAGCCAUCCUCUGGCUACCUGGAAAACCUGGCACCAGCUCCUGCUUCAGAGGUGUCACAGGCUGGCAGUUGCAUCAGUGCCUUCUCCAUCAAGGAUGUUCAAGUGGGGUGCAUCAAUUAUGUACAGAGUAUCCACAAGGGAGUGGAACCAGGAGCAGAUCAAUUCACCUUGCAUUGCUCUGAUGGCAUCAGCUUCUCCCCAAAUGUUCUCCUUCCUCUAACCACCUUGCCCACCAACGAUGCCAGCAACAAGAUAUUCUUUGCCCAUAUCUCAAAGAAUGAAGUAAAGAUGAACCACUUUGAGCUUACAGUGACUGGGGAACACAGCUCUGUGUCUAGAAUCUUCAGGAUAUUCAUCAUAGACAAGGACAACAAGAUACCUACCUUGACUAUCCAAACAAUAGCCCUGAAAAGAGGAGACAGCAUAGUGGUCACUCCUUCUCAGUUGACAGUGGAAGAUGAGGAUACUCCAGCUGAUUUUAUUCUUUUUACCACCAUGCAGGUCCCUAUCCAUGGCAGGAUUUUGUAUAAUGGUAGCCAUCCCCUGACCACUUUCACUAAGAAGGAACUGCAAAACCUGAUUCUCUACUGUCACGAUGGCAGUGAGAUAGUCAAAGACAGUUUCUCCUUCACUGUGACUGGUGGCAUCCACACAGGCUUCUAUGUGUUCCCAGACACUGCCCUGGAGACACAUGUGCCUCAGAUAGUGUGGAUCCAGAUAAGACCCCUUGGCAACAGGCUCCUGCAGAUUGCCAUCAACAAGAGAGCCACAGCCUCGAAGCUCCUUCACACUGGACACUUGGGUUUCCUCAUUACCAACAAGUAUUUACAAGCAAUCCAUCAGGAUGCUCCCCACAGACUCCUGAAGUAUAAAGUGACCAGCGGACCAGAACAUGGCUAUACUGUCAGUGCUGGCCAUGGAAAUGCGAGCACCCACAUGUUCACACAAGCUGACAUUGAUGAGAUGCGGGUCUACUACAUCCUGAGCAAGGGCAGUGGCAGUGCAACAAGAGAUGCCUUCUACUUCUCUGUUGAAAUCAGUGGAGGAAACCAGCUAAGAAAUCAACCUUUCCAUCUAAACUGGGCUUGGAUUUCACUAGUUAUGUUGAGUUUUCUGGCUUCAUUCAUUGGAUCCAAAGGAGACACUGACAAAGAAAAUAAGGAUUUUAAAGGAAAGGCUUCUGCACUGGUCCAGUUCGAUCCCGGCCAGUCUACAACCACAUGGAAGGUGGAACUUAUGCCUGAGACCUCAGAAACUUUCCAAAUCGUUCUCUCUGAACCUGACAUGGCUGCACUGGAGUUUCCAGAGAUGGCAACAGUCAAAAUUGUAGAUCCUGAAGAUGAAUCAACAGUUUACAUUCCAGAGGCAGAAUAUAAACUGGCAGAGGCUGUUGGGGAGUUUCUGGUUCCUGUAAGACGAUCUGGAGACACAAGCCAGGAGCUCAGUGUCAUCUGCUCUACUCGUCCAGAGCCUGCUCUGCACUUUGAAUACUCUGGGUACCACUUUGAGGAAAGUGCUGGCUACGUGGAGGUGGCAGUCUGGAGAACAGGCACUGACCUGCACCUUCUGUCAUCCUGGACAAACUACAUUGGUGUCAGCCAACAUCUGCUCUUUAGCCCAGGAAUGAGUGUGCAGAGACUCUUGGUGACAAUCCUUGACAACCUGCCACAGCCUGCCUUUAAGGGUCCAGAGAUGUUUGAAUUACUUCCCCAGAUGUCUACAGAUGCAGUGUUUGGAGAACCAAAUAAAACCACUGUUACCAUCCAUGACAGCAUCACCGACUGUAAGAGGAGUAUGUGUAGUUCCUUGGACUAA